AUGCCCACCGCAACCGCCACGCUCUCCUGGAAAUUCACAAACUGGGGCCCACUGACAACCCCCUGGUCCCUGCCAGACUCCUGCACCAGCAACGUCGCUAUCGCGUCUACCGCUGACACAGAUUUCGUCCUCUGGGCCGAGCUGUGCCCGUUUUCGUUUGAUUCGUGUUAUCCCUCUCCAACUGACUCGAAUGCGCCGGAGGCACUGUCUUCAGCGUUGAACACACACGGUACCGACAUUUAUGCACCCCCGUUCUAUUCUCCUGCUCCGGCAUGUCCGAAUGGGUGGAAAACCGUCGGGGUGGCGGCGAGAGACGGUGAUGCGACUGCCUCGCGAGCCGGAUGGUUCACUACAAUAUACGAGGGGGAACAACUGGACGACAUCGACUCGGAAGUUUUGACCCCGGCAUACAAUCAAGUUCUUGCAGGACUGCUCGAUGCAGACGAGACAGCUGUCGUUUGUUGUCCAAGUUCAAUGACAAUGCUCCCGGGCUUUUACUGCUCUUCUUCCCUCCCCUCCUACACCGUAUCAACGGCCUGCGAGGUUUUCCACAGGGGCGAUAUAACUGAUUUGCCGAGUCUUCGGGAAUCAAGCGUGACCUGGACAACCACAACCACGACGUACAGUGCCGAGGAGACGCCAGAGUUCACGGGCUGGUCACAGGUUGCGCCGUUGUUGCUGUUCCACAAGCCUACUGAUGUUGCGCGGGGUGGGGAUGACGAUGCAGGGGCAAAUGAUGUGGUUGAUAGCGCUGGCGAGACGAAUGCGGCUGCCCCGGGGUACGGCAGGGAGAGCUUCUGGGGCGUCGGGGUCAAAGUUGCAGCCAGUGCAGUGGGCUCAAUGCUUGCGGGGGCGGCGUUUAUAUUGCUCAGAUAGGGCUGGAGGUUAUGCGGUACAGCUCCAGAGGCAUCGUCUCCUCUAUAUCUUCUUUUUCAUACUCUGGUCCCAGGCAAAUCACGAACCCGAAGAUCGAUUUGUUAACACAGACUCUCCACAG